UCUCUCUCUCUCUCUCUCUCUCUCUGAUGAAAAUAUUUACACAUGAUUGAAUCACAGGGGAAGAUAUUUAUAUAUAGAUUGAGAACAAAAUGGAAAAGAAGACCCUGUGAUUGAAUUAUAUACAUAUCAAGAACUCUAUCAAUUGAUUAGGACGUAUCUUUUUUUUUAUGAAACUAGGCAUAGUCGCUAGAUUGCAAAUUCUCUGUUGGAAUUAUUUGUGAUCGUUAAAUCAUUUCUAGGAACAUUGUAAUAUCUACCAGUUUCAAUAACAAGUCUGUGAUGGCACUCGGAAUCUACAAAAUGACAUUGGAUCUAUAUUUGUAAUUAUUGAUUGAAGUAAAAUAUUCUUCACAUACAAAAUUUGACUUUUAAAGAUCAAGGCAGUCACCAUAAAUGAUGACUUGAAAAUAGUGAAUGAGACUGCAGUGAAGUUUGACACUGACCUUCCAGAAUACAAAACCCAGGGAGGGGUCCACAUCCAAGAUGACCACGUGACAGUUACCACCCCAUCAAUUAUGUGGGUCAAGGCAUUUGACAUUUUACUGGAUCGAAUGAAGGAAGAUGGCUUCCCUUUCAACAGGCUGGUGUGCAUAUCCGGUGCUGGCCAGCAACACGGCAGUGUGUAUUGGAAGAAGGGAACCAAGGAAGUCUUGAAAAAUCUUACAGAGAAAGCGUCACUGCAUGAACAACUACAGAAUGGUUUUUCCAUCCCUGAUUCACCGAUUUGGAUGGAUGCCAGCACAACAAAGAAUUGCCGGGAGCUAGAGGAUAAAGUGGGAGGUCCUCUGAAACUGGCAGAAAUAACGGGGUCUCGUGGUUUUGAGAGAUACACAGGAAAUCAGAUCAUGAAGAUAUCUCAGACAAGGCCAUCAGAGUAUGAGAUCACAGAGAGGAUAUCACUGGUCAGUAGCUUUGCUGCAUCACUCUUGAUUGGAGAUUAUGCACCAAUAGAUUUGAGUGAUGGGUCCGGAAUGAACCUGCUGGACAUUACAACAAAGAAGUGGUCACCUAAAUGUCUACAGGCCUGUGGAUCAGACUUAAGUUCAAAACUGGGGGACAUGGUGUCAUCAAAACAAAUUAUUGGAAGUGUAAGCCAGUUUCUCAUUGGUCGAUACAACUUCAAUCCCAGCUGUAAGGUCGUGGCUUUCACAGGAGAUAAUCCUGCCUCCUUGGCGGGUGUGGCUCCAAAACUGGGUGAUGCUAUCAUCAGUCUGGGAUCGAGCGACACAGUAUUCUCUUGGUUAUCUCGACAAACUGCAGAGUUGGAAGGCCACAUCUUCGUGAAUCCGAUCGACUCGGAUACAUACAUGUCCUUAGUCUGCUUUAAGAAUGGUUCCCUCACCAGAGAAAGAAUUAAAAAUGAAUGUGCUGAAGGCUCGUGGGAUAAAUUCUCAGAUUACUUAAAAAACACACCAAUGGGGAAUAAUGGAAACAUAGGAAUAUAUUUUGAUGUGAUGGAGAUUCAACCACUUGCACAGGGAAUAUUCCACUUUAACAAAUCCAAUGAAAAGGUGUCCUCCUUCCCACAUGAUGUUGAGGUUCGCGCUGUGAUAGAAAGCCAGAUGAUCGCUCGUAAAAUGUACAUGGAAAUGAGAGGGAUGCAUGUUGGUCCAGAUACACGGAUUCUAGCCACUGGAGGGGCCUCUUUGAACAAAGCCAUUCUACAGGUUAUAUCAGACGUGUUCGGUGCACCAGUUUUUGUGAGCGACAUCCCGAACUCUGCAGCCCUUGGCUCCUGUUACAGGGCUAAACAUGGGCUUGAUGGUUGCGAGUUUACGGAUGUAGUCCGGAGUCACCCCCAGCCAGAGUGUGUGGCUGUACCAGCAGAAGGAGCUAGGCAGAUAUAUAAGGAGAUGACUGUGAGAUAUAAGGCAUUGGAGAAGACUCUGGCCAACAAUAGCAGAGUGGAUUCACGAACUUAGUUUAAUUCUUACAACUUUGACAUUUAUGAUCUAUGGUGCUAUUUUUCUGUUAGAGAACCUAUGGUUAACUAACAGUAGCAAAGUGAUAUCUUGAAUUCUUCUAAUGUUGACUAGCAAUAACAAAGCGAUUUUGUGAAUUCUUCUGAUUUUGAUUUUGGUGCUUUAACACAAUUGAAUCAUUUCUCUUCAUUGCUAUUAUCAUUAGUCAAGAUUAAAUUAUUAAGUUUUCAUUCACUUCUCGUUAUUUCCAGUUUUGUUUUUUUUAGGAAAUUCAUUCUUAUACAGUUUUAAAUUCCAUGCUUUUUGUAUGAUGUCCAUUUUGUAUACUGUUAGAUAUUGUGACUCUAAGAUUCUACAGUGUGCACUAUAAGAGGGGGAAAUUUAAAUGAGAUAAAGUGAAAUAAAAUCCAUCUGUAGAUAUAUGUUAAAUAUAGCUCAUCCUCUGUUGUACAAUGUAAUAGGAAGUUCUUGUGUAUUCAAUAUUGUAAUUUGAUUUCAACUUUGGUAAUAAAAACAGUUGCAAUCCA